AUGGAUCACCUAGAGACUACUUCUCUACCUGCUAAAAGAGAGGAAAACUGGACAUAUUUUACAUUUUUUUCAGACUUUAAGACAAGCAGCAAAUUAGCUUUGACUGUGCUAGAGACGUUCAUAUUGUCUUUAAUCUUCAUAUUUUCAGUGAUUGCAAAUAUCUCUGCUAUCAUUUUGUUGGUCAGAAAAAAACGUUUGGUAACUUCCAAUUGUUUUGUGUUAAAUCUCUUCUGCGCAGACCUUCUCUUCGUGAGUAUGAUCCCCUUCAUCUUGGUUAUUCGCUGGACAGAUGUUUGGGUUCUGGGAGACUUUAUCUGCCAUAGUCUCUUCUACGUCAUCUGCUUAAGUGGUUGUGUUAACCUUAUUUCGCUUUCAGCCGUCAGCCUAGAGAGGAUGAUCUGUAUAAUGAGGGUGACCCAGGCCACCAGUUGUAAUGUGAAAUUAGUGGUACUGGGCAUUUCGGGCAUUUGGAUCUUCUCAGCUCUUACGGCACUUCCCUUGUAUUUAUUCUUCAAAGUGUUGAAACAGCAAAUGAAUGGCCAGGACCAGGAAGUUGAGAUCUGCACUCUGGUAUGGCCUACUGUAGGAGAAGAAAUUGCUUGGGACGUAUCAUUUAUAAUUUUAGAUUUUUUGAUUCCAGGACUAAGCAUUGUGAUCAGCUAUACAAAAAUCUUUAAGAUCACAAAGGAAAUAAGAGAAAGGCUGAUAACCAGUACAGCUUAUUCAGAAAACCACCAACUUAGAGUUUCCCAAAGAGAUUACAAAUUAUUUCGAACGCUGUUCCUUCUCAUGAUUUCUUUCUUUGUGAUGUGGGCUCCCAUAACAAUAAUUAUUCUCUUACUUCUUGUUCAGAACCUUCACAAAGACUUUAGAAUUCCAUCAUCUCUCUUCUUUUGGAUAAUGACCUUUACUUUUUGUAACUCAGUCAUUAAUCCAAUUUUAUAUAAUAUUAACUUAUUCAAGCAGAAAUGGUGUCAGAUUAUUUUCUGCUGCUCACCUGAAGAAAUUGUGGAUACAGAUACAACGACCAAAAAGCAAGACAAUGGAUCUAGACAAGAUAAUCUUUCUACGAUGCCUCCUGAUCUGGCUGUUCAUGGUCCAGCAACAUAUAAGCUAAAGAAGAACAAAGUAAACUUUUGCUUGUAG